UCGCGGGAAGGGGACGUGGCGGCCCUGCAGGAGCACCUGGAGCACGUUACGUUCUGCAGCGCCGAGCGGGAGCGCUGCCCCCACUGCCAGGGCCCCGCCGACCCGCUGCUGCUCAAGCUGCUGCGCCUGGCCCAGCUCUGCACCGAGUACCUGCUGCACUCCCAGGAGUACCUCAGCGCCCAGCUCGGCAACCUGGAGGAGGCCCUGCGGGCGGCCCAGGCCCAGCGCGACCAGCUGGGCAAGGAGGUGGCUCAUCGCUCGCAGGAGAUCAAGGGGCUGAAGGAGGAGUGCCGCCGGAGGAAGAAGAUGAUCAGCACCCAGCAGAUGAUGCUGGAGGCCCGAGCCAGCUACCACCAGUGUCAGUUUUGUGAAAAGGCUUUUAUGAACUAUUCCUUUUUACAAAGUCACAUGCAAAGGCGUCAUCCGGAAGAAUCUCAGAUUGAACAGAAGAGGAAAGCAAAGACAGACAAAUUGCAGGAUGAGAUUGAUAAGCUGAAGGAGCAGCUACAGCUCACCAAGACCCAGUUAGAAGCUGAACAACAGGCUAAUAUGGUCAGGUUUUCUAAGGAAUGUGAGCAGCAAAAAUCAAAAGAAGAAGAAAUUCUACAAUCAUUUCAUAAAUGGAAAGAAGAGGAAAAAGAUAAAUUGGCAGAUGAAAUAGAAAAAGUGAAAGAGAUGUUUAUGAAAGAGCUUAAGGAGUUAUCUUCAAGAAAUUCAACAUUAGAAAAUCAACUGUUAGAAUUACAAAAGUCCAACAUGCAACAAAAAUCCAAUUUAGGGACACUGAAGGACAGCCAGGAAUUUACAGAAGAGAAACCUCAGAGUCCUCAGGAUUAUCACAAUGUGGUUAAACUUCUUGAAAAACAGGAAAGUAAGUGGACGUCUAGAAUACAAACCCUUCAUCAUGACCACGAGACAGAAAAGUCCCUGCUACUGUCACAGAUUGAAAAGCUUAAAUUAUCAGUGAGAGAAGACCUGAAUAAAAAUAAUACCUUUUACAAGAGGAGGAUAGAAGAAUUGGGGCAGAGGCUUCAGGAGCAGAAUGAUCUGAUUAUUACUCAGAAGAAGCAGAUAAAAGAAUUGUCCACAAGAUCAGUUGCAAGCAUUAAACCAUAUGAUGUGAACACUACCGCAGAGCAUCUUGAAGAAUCUAAACCACGUCUACCAGUGGUGCAUGAAAUUGAGAAAGAUGAUUAUAAAAGAGGUAGAAGUAACCACUAUUUAAUAAAUGCUUUGAAGACUGAUCCUUCUUUAACUAAAGAAUUACGAGUUGUUCUGGAGCAAGCCCUGGAGGAGAAGCUGGAAUCCUUGGGAAUUAAAGCAGGUGUUCGUGGUAUCCCAAAUGAUCGCUUAAAUAAAAUUUUGCGUGCUAUUGAAUCCGCUAGAGAAUGCAAACAGAAGCAAGAGCCUGACAUUCAGCACAUUCGAGAGCACCUUGAACGGCAAGUUAGCUUUAGGGUUGAAGAGAAAUCAUCAUCUUGUAAUAGACCUGUUUCCUGUCCUCAGCUUCCUUCAGAAGAUAAACAGAAGUUCAAUCAAUUGGGAAUCUCCUCAUCUGCCACGCCACGAAAACCAGUAAAACGGUCUUCAACAGCUGUCCGCCCAGCUGAACAAAGAACAGCCAUCACUGAGAAUACAUCUACGCCAAAAUCCAGGAAGCUUUUUGGAAAUGGAGUUUCCAGAAGGACACCCAGUAUCACAACUCCACCAUUCAGUUCAGAGGAAGAAGUAGAUGAAGACGAUAUUAAGCAGUCUUACAUAUCACCAGAAUUAUCGCAAAAGCAGUCAAAAACAUCAAGCAGCAAAGUCAGUGCUUUUCAGAAGGCUUCUGGCAAAAGCGAUAUGGAUAGGACAGAGGAGAGUGAAAUUGAAGAAACUGGAACACCUGUGAAAACUUCAAAAGGAGCAGUAAUUCAAAAACUGACUGAACAAGUUGGAAAGAGUCUUUCUAACCAUGGAAAUAAGAACAAACCAGCUGGAGGGAUUAAUGUUGCACAGGCAUUUAUGAAGAAAGAAGAGGUGCAAGAACUGAAGUUCACAGAAGUUGAUGAAGAUGAUUGGGAUAUAUCCUCAGUAGAAGAUGACUUUUUAUUAAUGAAAAAUGAUAGAGGCCAGAAGGCAUUGACAGCUCAGAAAAAUGAGUCAACUGCUGCAUCUGUGGUACAUGCAUGGGGUCUUCCGAAGACAAGCGUACCGAAGGAGGAAGGCCUUCAUGAAGCUGAUAAUACAAGCACGUUAAAAAGCAGCUUAGUCACUGUAACAGAUUGGAGUGAUUCUUCAGAUACGUAA